AUGGCGACUCGUGGUCAGAAUAUAGUUGUCAUCCAGCUCCAAACUAUGAAAAUUUCGAUUACAGCGUCCACCAGCUCGAAACCCUCCACAUUGACUAUUGGUAGCAUAAGUGUCAAGCUCCAGGACGCCAAGAAUCCUGACUUUGUGCCGGCGUACUAUGGACUCAAGGGACAGCCACCACACGACUUGCUGCCGCAUUUGAGAUGGCUCAUUCAGAAGGACAAGUUGAAGCAGGACGUGUUUCUGCUUGGAGUACCUGGAAAGAUUCGUCUGGAACUUGUUCUGCGAUACUUGGUAUGGCGCAACAAAAAGUUUUUUGUUCAUCUCAUUUUCAACUUUCAGGAAGCAACAAACCGCGAGUUUGAGUACCUCCCGAUCACCAGAGACACCACCGAGGCCGACAUCAAACAAAGAAGAGAGAUUCGAGAUGGAACCGCCUACUACACUGACUUGGUAAACUAAAUUUACUCAAAAAAAAUGAAUAAAAAUACAAUUUCCCGUAUUCCAGUGUGCUGUGAGAGCCGCUCUCAACGGCAGAGUUCUGGUCAUUGACGGAGUGGAACGUGCCGAACGGAAUGUGCUCCCGAUCCUCAACAAUCUUCUCGAAAACCGAGAGAUGCAGUUGGAUGACGGCAGAUUUUUGAUGAAACACGACAAAUAUGAUGAAUUGAAGGAGAAGUACGACGAGGCAACACUCAAGAAAAUGGGAAUGGAACGAGUGUCCGAGAAUUUCCACGUCAUCGCGUUGGGUCUUCCUGUGCCACGCUUUCCGGGAAAUUCAUUGGAUCCUCCAUUCCGAAGCAGAUUUCAAUGCAGAAACAUUCAGGAACUGUCUUUUAACACAUUCUUGGAGCAAGCCAAGCAGAUUGCGCCGAAGGUCAAAGAAUCUGAGCUGAACGACUUGAUAUCUCUUACCUAUGCGUACAACUCGGAUGCAUCCACAUCAAGACCUCGGAUUGCUACGUCGGUCAUUGAAAGAACUUUGAAGAUCUGGGUUAGACAUGAAUUCUUGUAAUUGAAACAAUCAAGGUUUUUUCAGAACCAAAACCCGUCGUAUUCUGCUGGCGAGAUUAUUAACAUGGCCUAUCCAGCAAAAGAAGUGCUCUCGGAUAGUGAAAAGGACUUGAUUGAGACGUUCAAGACAAAGUUCGAAGUGGUAUGUCGCACUCAUUUGUUUCGUAAAAAAGCGCAAUUUUUGUCCAGAAAACGCAAGAGCACGCUCGUCAACUUGUGGCACAUGAUGGGAAUCUAAAUGUGCGUGUUCCGGAGGAAGGCACCACUAUCCGAUUGGACCUUUCGCAACCUUCGCACCCCUCUUCUUUUUCCGCCGUCUGGAUUCCGACCCAAAAGCAAGAAAUACUUCUCGCCGAUCUUGCUUUGGCCUUUGCCAGAGGUGAUUUUGUGUUGAUUGGGCCGAAAGGAUCGGGCAAAUCGAGAAUCCUUGGAGAACUCUCAAAGCGCCUCAACUUUGACUAUGUGACAAUGGUCCUGCAUCAGGACAUGAACACAAGAGAACUCAUUCAACGCCGUCACAUGAAAGAGAACGGAGAUACGGUGUGGGAAGACUCUAUUCUGGUGAACGCGGCUAGGAAUGGUGAUGUAUGUGUGCUGGAUGGAGUGGAAAUGGUGCAUCCGAGUGUGAUUAUGUCGCUUUCUCAACUCAUUUACCACCGCCGAUUCGAUUUGCCUAAUGGAAGCAGACUGAUUGGGGAAGAAGAGUUUUUGAAGAUUAUGGAAAGAGAUAGUAUUGACGAAACCACCAUGAAUGAUAGGUAAAAUAGUUGGGUUCCUAUUCCAAGACGUUUUUUAUAUUUCAGAGGUGUCUUUCGCAUUCCCAACUCUUUCCGAGUUCUGUUUGUCGGAGAAUCGCAAUCAAAAGAGCACAAAUGGAUCAAUGAGAACGUGCUAUCGAUCCUUCCCUUCUAUACGGUGCCGGAUCUGUCACUUGAAGAACAACUCAACAUCAUUUCCGAAAUCACGCACGGAUCAAACACAGAAUCAGUCAACAAGCUCACUGAGUUUGUACAGAAAAUCAAAAGUUCCGCUGAUUCUGGGGUAUGUUUUAUUUUGAGCGACAACAUUUUCCUAUACAUAUUUUUCAGCUGAAAAACGCGUCGACUUCCUUGUCGCUUCGACGAUUGAUUCAUAUUGCAAAGAGGGACUCAAUGCAGCCGGGACAUUUGCGGGAACUGGUGGAGAAGGCCGCUCUGUCGAAGUUUCUCCCUCAAAUUACAAAGGAAACAUUCGAACACGAGCUGAACGUUGCAAAGAUAUUUAAUGACACGGCGAUCAGAACGAGAGAGAACGAGAAGUACAUUGAUAUGAUCCGAGCGCCCACGGAGAGACCGGAAGACGAGGCGCUCAUUCCGAACGUACUGUUUCACGACAAUGAGCAGCACAUUGAAAUUCUGGAGGAUAUGGCCAGAGAUAUGAAAUUAGGAAGUCACUUGUUGCUGAUUGGAAACCAAGGAGUGGGCAAAAACAAGCUCACCGAUCGAUUCCUUCACCUCAUCAACCGCCCGAGGCAGUACAUGCAACUGCACAGAGAUACCACUGUUCAGACGUUGACUAUGCAGACGGUCGUUGAGAACGGCAUCAUCCGACACGAUGACAGUGCUCUGGUGAAGGCCGCCAGAAACGGACAGAUUCUGGUCAUUGACGAGGCCGACAAGGCACCUCUCCACGUGAUCGCCAUCCUCAAAAGUCUUCUGGACACUGGAAAUCUUGUGCUGGGAGAUGGACGCACACUCCGUCCUGCGAAGUCUUUCACUGAGGCAGACAAGAAGGACGACCGGAUUGUUCCGAUUGACCCCAACUUCAGAAUAAUCAUGCUUGCCAAUAGACCAGGCUUCCCAUUCCUAGGUGAGUCAUCCGCAACGACACAAAGUUCUGACAGCCAAUGUUUUUAGGAAACAAUUUGUUCGCAGUGCUGGGAGAUCUCUUCGCUAUCCACAUGAUCGAUCAUCCGGGCCGAGCCAGCGAACUUGAAAUGAUCAAGAAAUACGGUCCAGGUGUGCCGGAUGCGACUCUAAACAAACUUCUGACCAUCUUCAAUGAACUCCGCGAAAAGACGGACCAAGGUCUUCUUCAGUACCCGUACUCUACUCGCGAGCUGGUGAAUAUUGUCCGUCAUUGUAAUGUAAGUUGAAGGAAUUCUCUGAAAGCCGGCUAUUUGAAUAAUUUUCAGGAGUUCCCGACCGACCCAUUGCCAGAAGUCUGCCGAAACGUCUUCGAUUUCGAUUCCUACAAUGAAGACACAAUUGCGACUAUCCAUCAAGUUUUCCAAAAGCACGGAGUUCCUCUAGGCUAGUCUUUUUAUGCUUUUUGACAUGAGAAUUGAUUCCUCUUUUUGUUUUUACGAGUUUUGUUAGAUAAUGAACAGUUUAACUGAACAACUUGUUUUUCUUGACGUAAACAGUAUUUUUUCAGGUGUUGACCGGAGCACCGAAUCAGUAUCGCUGUCGGAGAGAAUUCCAUUGGGAGAGUUGAAAAGUGUCGGCAAGUGGUGGAGGGAGAAAAUCAACUUUUCAAAGGACUAUGGAUUUCACCCGGCCACCUCUGUCAAAAUUGAGGUUCACACAAGAAAAUGAGACAAAUCGGCUUCAACUUUUGAAUUUUCAGCAGCCUUCUCCAUUGAAUAUGAAAACUGCAAAGCUUGAUAAACAGGGCAACAGAAACCAAACCUUUUCGGAGCAGUUCUCCAUCUGGAAGUUACCUAUUGAUGAUUCCAAUAUUGUGUCGGACGGUAUUCGUGUCAAUGACGAUUUAUUGAUCGCCAGUGUCAAUCCUCCGUGUCUAUUCCACUGCAAAGACUUUAUCAAUACUGAAACGGUUAGUAAACUGACAAUGGAUCAAGCCGAAACUUAAAGUUUUUUCGGCUCAGUCGAAAGCUUGAAAAAAAAUAAGAAUAUGUGCUCAAAAGUGAACGGAGGAACCCUGGCACCCACUUUUAGACACUUAGCCGCGUGAAUUCUCAUUUCUCGCUUCUGGGCCAACCGCCCGGAAUCUUUCAAAUCGGUUCCAAUUUUCAGGUAGAUCAAAUAAACAUCAACGGACUCAUUCCACGUGCUCGUUCUAUUUACCGCCCAAGACUCAGACUUGCUUAUCUUGGCGGAGACAAUGUUUUGAUCCAUGAAGAAGUGGUAUGCAGUCCAUAAACGUUAGUAUUCCCAUCGAACUCACGGUUAUAGGCGAACUUCACUGCAAUCUUCAGUUUACCCGACAAAAUGGCUGCAGUUGUCAAGAAAGAGUCAAGUUUGAGUAAGACAAUCGGAUCAUGUAAUUCUUAUUCCAAAAUUUCGGAGCAUAUUGUAAUUUUGCAGUGUUCUCUGAAAACAAUAUGUGGAGGUUGUCCAACCAGAAGAGCAAUCACGCUUUGCUCUACGAGUGGUAAGUGGCAUUAGGCACCGGAUGUGUAUGAUGCAUUUUUGCAGCGGAGGCAACCAAAUUCUCGUGUACACUGACGAAAAACGUGAAGUAACUGUGCAAAGCGGAACGGUUCCUUUUGAAAUCAAACGCGUGUUCGCUACGGAACCACAGAAAUGGAGCGUAGUGUCAACUGUGAGUGAAUACACAAAAUUGUCAUCUCAACAAAUACUUUUUCGCCAGAAUAAUGAGAACUACAUACUGCAACUCGAGAACGGGAAUUGGUCACUCGAGAAAAUCAAUCACAAUGUGAAGGGUGGUUUGGAUGCGGUCGGCGCACAAAUUAAUGGUGGUCAGAUGACGCUGGUAUCAGAACCGUACUAUUUUCUUCAUGGAAAUUAUGGCGAAAAAGUGAAGAAAAAACGUUCACAGUCCAAUUUUUAAAUUAUGGGUUUUCAGUCGGGUAAAAUCAAUGGUGUCAUCCGAAAGCCCGCAGCACAAACGUUCCAUCGACGAGCAUUUAUGUUCUCAGAAGAACGAGUUGCUGCGAAUGAUUUGUCGAGAGAAGUCACAUUUUUGGGAAAAACUCUGGUCCGCGGCAUUCCUGGCUAUCUCACACCUAAAGCACUUGUUGAUGAUAGUAAGUCCUUCUUGUCUUGAAGUUUUCUAAAUUUAUUUUGUUCAGAAAUCAAACCGGGAAGCUGCAUUGGAUUCUUGGAAGCUGUCGACACUGAGAAGAAGCAAAUUUGCUACAUUCCAGUGCCACAUGAAGGAAAUAUUAGUCUUUAUCAGUAUGUUCUUUGUUCCCGCUCAGUUUUACCCCUUGUGUUUUCAGUGAUUGGGUUGCAUCCAUUUCGAAAUCCGCUUUCAUUGUUGUUCCAUGGAGUAAUGACCAAGUACUGACCGUCGACAGUUCCGGAGUGAUCCGUUCGUUCGAACUGACUAUGUCUUCUCUUGCCAACUCGUUCAAUGAAUGGAAACGGAUGACUUCCGGAGGAGAUGACGACAAAUUGCGGAUGGAGUUUGACAGAAAACCAGAUGAUGUGAAUUUCGACAAGCUUGAUGAGCCGAAACUUGGAAAGUAAGAUCCGUUUAGCUCUGCAACGUAAUUAUCUGUUUUAUUUAAGAUUUGAUCCGAACAACGCUCCACAUCACGGCGGAAAUCAAUGGAUGGGCGGUACCGGAGGAUACAACACUGCUGGAUUGGGAGGAAUCGGAGGACCAUUCCGGUGAACAUUCAAUUUUGUUACGUGUACAUAUUCAAUAUUGAAACGUUCUAGACUUGAUGCAGGACACGAUGUGCACCAAAUGCCCGACUUUGCAAAGAAUCAAGUCCCUGCGCACAUUUUGAAAAAGGCGCGCGAAAUUGCCAAAACGGAAUACGCGAAAAAACUGCGUGUGAGUUGAUCCGAAAAAGUGCACUUUGAGAUGGCAAGUUUCAGGAGAUCAACAUGUCCGAUUACGAUGCGGAAGCGUACGAGAAUGUUUGGAAAAAAGUGCAGGCGUCCAGCAGAAAGCUGGCUUCAGUGAUCGAUCAACUUGAGGUGAGACAGUGGAAAAAGACAAUCGACCAACCCGGUUUUUGUUGUCAGGCCAAAAAGAAGGAGAGAGAAUGGACAAAGCAUCAGACGAGCGGAGAUCUGGACGACGGGAAACUGAUCGAGGGUGUCACUGGCGAACAGAACAUUUAUAGGUUGAUCGGAAAGUAUCAAGUUACAAGUUUACUAAACGUUUUUGUCCAGACGCCGUGUCGAUAAGGAACCAGAUCCGGGAGCUCCACAGACGAAACCAAAGCGACUGAAAUUGUGUCUUGACGUGUCUGGAUCCAUGUACAGAUUCAAUGGAUACGACCACAGACUGGCUAAAACUCUUGAGGCAACUCUGAUGACAAUGACUGCACUAGAUGGGAAAACGGACAAAGUGAAGUAUGAUAUUGUUGGACAUUCCGGAGACUCACCAUGCGUUACAUUUGUGAAAACGGAUCAGCAUCCGAGAAACAACAAAGAACGACUGGACACUCUGAAACGGAUGAUGGCGCAUACUCAAGUAUGUUUCGAAAGAAAUGUGAACGUGGACUGAAGACAAAAGAUUUGCAGUACUGUGUGAGCGGUGAUAAUACCGUCGAAAGUUUGCGAUUUGCCAUCAAGGAACUGGCUGCUAAGAAGGAUGACUUUGACGAAACAGUUGUUAUUCUGGUAUCAGAUGCGAAUCUUGAACGGUUUGUUUUUUACGGACUGUUGGCAGAGCGUUGGAUAGCAACCCUAGCACCCACUUUUAGCAAGUUUACCGCAUUUUUAGAGAACUUGCCGCACUUUUCUUUUUCAUUUUUCCGCAAUCAAGCCCGCUAAACUCGGCCCGGAAUCUUGCAAGUCUGGUAUCUUAACGAUCGUCCAAAUUGCAGGUAUGGCAUCCAACCGAGUGAACUGAAAAAGGAAAUGCUCAAGGAUCCGAGCAUCAAUUCGUUCGUGAUCUUCAUUGGUUCGCUGAGUGAUGAAGCCAAUCAAUUGCAACAAGAAUUGCCGGCGGGUAAAGCAUUUGUGCUCAAAAACACCGCGGAACUUCCAAAGAUUAUGGAAACCAUCUUCUCGUCCACUAUUGCUCAAUAG